UAGAGGUCGUCAUAGGUCAUGAAACCGAGCCCUUUGCUCAAAGAACUGCACUAGGCUGGAGCAUUAUAGGAACAGUUAACCCUCUCUUAGAUAGACAGGGAAGACAGAGUUUUGUUCAUCGAAUCGCUGUGAAAGAGAUACCUGUGCCAGCUGCUGCUGAUGUGCUGAAGAUCUUAGAAGCAGAUUUCAAUGAGAGGAGUUAUGAGGAAAAGUAUGCAUCCCAAGAGGACAUCCGUUUCAUACAACUCUUAAGCGACAAAAUAAGACAGAAGGAGAACGGACAUUAUGAGAUGCCACUUCCCUUCAAAGGCAAUGGUCUACCUUCACUUCCUAACAAUAAAAGGCUGGCCACUGAUCGGCUGCAACACCUGAAGAAAAGGUUAAAGUCUAACAGACAGUAUUAUGACCAUUACUUGACCUUCAUGAAUGAAAUAAUCGAAAGGGGUGAUGCAGAGCUAGCACCUCCAGCAUCUGAAGGAGACACUGUUUGGUACAUCCCACAUCAUGGAGUGUACCACCCAAGGAAGCCAGAUAAGUUAAGAGUAGUCUUUGAUUGCUCAGCUAAGUUCUGUGGAAUCUCUUUAAACGACACCCUACUGACAGGUCCAGACCUUAUCAACUCACUCGUGGGAGUCCUGUGUCGCUUUAGAAGGGAAGCAGUAGCUGUGACAUGAGACAUUGAAAGGAUGUUCCACCAGUUCUACGUCUCUCCUGAAGGUCGCAAUUACUUGAGAUUUCUCUGGUGGAAAGACGGACAGUUGGAAACUGAACCUCAGGAGUAUAGGAUGACAGUCCACCUUUUUGGUGCUGCAUCUUCCCCAGGGUGUGCCAACUUUGGCCUUAAGUAUUUAGCGCAACAGCACAAGGCUAACUACCCUUUAGCCUCAGAGUUUGUAGAAAAAAACUUCUACGUGGAUGAUGGAUUAAUCAGUGUCCCAACAGUGCAGGAAGCUAAAGAUCUGAUUCUCCAGACACAACAAUUGUGCAAGGUUGCAGGCCUACAUCUGCAUAAGUUCAAUUCAAAUCAAAUUGACGUCCUCUCUUGUGUAGCCCCCUCGGAAAGGGCAGUAGCCACCAAUUCCCUUAAUCUCCAACUAGACGUGAUACCAGACAGACACGUGCUUGGCAUUCAGUGGUUAAUAGAAAGUGACACCUUCACUUUCAACCUAAAUACAAAGGACCACCCUUCAACUCGCCGUGGCCUCCUAGCGGUUAUAGCCUCUCUGUUCGACCCACUUGGUUUUGUGGCUCUUUUUACUUUAAUGGGAAAACGCAUACUACAGGAGCUGUGUCGUAGAGGCAUUGAAUGGGACGAUCCAAUUCCUGAGUGCAUGCGCUCACGGUGGGAGCAGUGGAAAAAUGGACUCCAAGGAUUAAAGGAAAUAGCUAUACCAAGGUGUUAUCAUCCUCAUAACUUUGGUAACAUUGUUAGAGUGGAAUUGCACCACUUUUCAGAUGCUAGUAAUGUAGGAUAUGGCUCAUGUUCCUACUUAAGGUAUAAAAAUGACAAGGACGAGAUUCAUUGUUGUCUUGUUAUGGCUAAGGCACGGGUUGCACCUUUAAAAAUCAUAAGCAUCCCAAGAUUAGAGCUGUCAGCUGCAGUUACCUCAGCCAAGAUGAGUGUUAUGCUGAAGGCAGAGCUAGAGAUUAAAAUUGAUGAAGAAUUCUUUUGGACUGACUCUCAGGUCGUGCUGGCUUACAUCAACAAUGAAGCACGGAGAUUCAAUGUGUUUGUGGCAAACCGUGUUCAACUAAUAAGAGAGUGUACAGACCCAAGUCAAUGGCAUUAUGUUGACACAGCACAAAACCCAGCUGACCAUGCCUCGAGAGGUCUUGAGGCAGGAGAGAUCUCUUCAGUUAGUUGGUUAUCAGGGCCCAAGUUUCUAUGGGAACAAGAGGCGCUCUCACCACCUAAGCCCUCUACCGAGCUGCUUGUUGGAGAUCCCGAGGUUAAGUCAAUUCGAGUAUUUGUAAGUCAGGUCAGUGCGGUUGAAGAUAUUAUAAGCCGCUUGAGUCGUUUCUCCAUGUGGACAACAGUUGUCAAAGUUGUCGCAAGAAUCAAAAGACUAGGGUCCAAACUAAAACAGCACAAAGACUUUGUCACUGUCGAGGAACGCAAGGGAGCUGCUAAAGUGAUAAUUAAUCUCAUCCAACAACAGGCCUUCUCUAAAGAACUAAAUAUUCUUAAAGGUGACCUUAAGGAGGCAACUCUUCCAAGGUCAAGCCCUCUUUUCCGCCUUGAUCCCAUUCUGAAUGAAGGACUGCUUCGUGUUGGGGGAAGAUUGAAAGGGUCAACCCUCAGUCAAGAAUUAAAGCAUCCCAUUAUUCUGCCUAAAGAUAGCCAUAUUACUAAGUUGAUUCUAUCUCACUACCAUAACCAAAUCCAUCAUCAGGGACGAACUCAAACCCUAAUGGAACUCAGAGCUAACGGAUUUUGGACCAUCGGUGGAAGCAAAUCAGUUGCUAAGCUGAUCCACAAAUGUGUGUGGUGCCGGAAAUUAAGAAGACCGGCUGAAGAGCAAAGAAUGUCUGAACUCCCUGUAGAACGCUGUGAGGCCUCAGCCCCCUUCACAUUUUGUGGAAUGGAUUGCUUCGGCCCCUUUGUUAUUAAGAAGGGUCGCAAGGAGCACAAGAGAUAUGGACUCAUCUUUACGUGCUUGUACUCUCGAGCAGUCCAUAUUGAAAUGCUUGAGGAUAUGUCCACUGAUGCUCUCAUAAAUGCUCUAAGGUGCUUUGUUAGCCUUAGAGGAGCUGUUAGCCAACUUCGCUGUGAUCAGGGCUCAAAUUUCGUGGGAGCCAAAAAUGAGCUUAAGGAAGCCCUUAAACAAUGUGAUACAAAGGCAUUGGAGACCUUUCUGGCAGAUAAGCAGUGUGAGUUUAUUUUCAACGCUCCUUCUGCAAGUCAUGCAGGUGGCAUUUGGGAGCGUCAGAUUCGGUCCAUUCGGAGUGUGUUGAAUGUUACAAUUGCACGGUGUCAAGGAAGACUGGACGAGGCCUCUCUCAGAACACUAUUUUACGAAGCGAUAGCUAUAAUAAACAGCCGUCCAUUGCAUGUCGAUGUAAUAAAUGACCCCAUGUCACUAGAACCCUUGACUCCAAAUCAUAUCAUCCUGAUGAAAUCCAAGACUGCCUUACCCCCUCCUGGAAAGUUUGUUUGAAGAGGACAUGUAUGCUGCAAAAAGGUGGCGCAGAGUACAAUACUUAGUCGAACAAUUCUGGAGCCGUUGGAAGAAAGAGUACCUGCUGAAUGUUUCCGUAAGACAAAAAUGGCACACACCUCGACGAAACUUGAAGGUGGAUGACAUAGUCAUCAUCAAGGAAGACUCACUUCCUGGGAAUGAGUGGCGUCUUGGAAGAGUGGUUGAGACCACAGAAGGAAUUGAUGGUUUAGUCCGUCGUGUGAAAGUACAAGUUGCAGAGCGCAGGAUGUCAGGGAAAAAUUACCAUCAUUCCAAACCCUCAGUUAUUGAACGACCGAUUCAAAGGUUAGUUCUUUUAAUAGAAAGUGAAUAAUUGGUUAUCAACUUAAAGUACACUUGCAUCAGACAUGUUAUUCUAAUUGCUUUACAAGGGUGAUAUCUUCCUCCUAUAUAUGAAACCUACUUUACAUGUAGCCACUUGUUAUAAAGAAGAAAUCAUAACAUGAUUUGGUGGGAGUGUAAGUGGCUUUGGACUUUCAUUUGUUUGAACCUUUGUUCAUGUACGGCAUUUGGCAGCAUUUGUUCACGUGCAGGGUUGUGUGUGUGCGUGUGUAUGCGGAACCUGUGUUCGGGAUGAGAUUGACCGGAGGAAUUUAUUUAUGUUACGCAUGUUCACAACAUGUGCUCCUUUUUCUUGGUUAGCUGUUGGUUUUGUCUCUGCAUGUGCUCAGGGCAAUAGCAUGGAUCACAUACCUUUGUAAGUUUUUAUUUUUGCACACCGGAACUGGAUUGUCAGUUUAGCAGAGUUGGUAUUGUUUUGCACCCUUGGUAAAGCGGAGCGAGUUUCACGGUGUUAAACGGUGAUGACUGGUGGAUGCUUCAUGUUGAAGAGUACAACUCGUGAACUGAAGACGUGUCCCAAUAAAUGAUCUACACCCGUUUAGAGACUCUCUGUUCAUUUAUCGAUGCCAAGGGCUGCUACAAGCAGCCCUUUUAAAGCACUUAAUUAUUUUAAUAAUUAAAUCUGAAACAAGUGAAUAAAAUUAAAAGUAGGCUUUAACUAUGGCUGUUGGCUACAUCUUGGACAGAGGAUCUGGCUCUGUCAUGCUUUCCACGAAAAUGCCUCAACCUGGAUGAUGUAAUAUUAUUAUUAUAGACCCAGCUGCUGGGGAGCAAAUCAAACACUGGACCAGUGUUGUAAUGUAACGACGUAAAAAUACUUCGUUACUGUACUUUAGUAGAAA